UCCGUACCCAAUUAACACCAAUUAUCCUUCGUUUGCUCCCUAUACAAUGACUAGUCCAUACGGUAACUCGUCUCCAACCCCCAAUGACUCCCGCUCGGGAGAAAACUUGGAAGAAUUCGAACGCUUGGAAUCAACCUUGCCUCCCCCACUUCGUCGUAGUGCCUCAUCGUUGCUUGAAGCAUUGCUGUUAGGAGGAAACACUCCAGUUGAUUCCGGAUCCUCCACACCAAUUGCCCAACAUGAGAACAGAUUCAGCUCCAGCUGGUUGAACUCGCGAGACUCUGUACCUAGCUCUGCACACGUCCCCAGUCAUGGAGCAAAGGCAAUUCCUGCCCAUGUCUUGAGUGACCACAGACUGACAUCUCCAAUCCCAAUGCCUAAGCCAAAGUUCAACUCAGAGAUCUUGAAGCCUGCCAUGAACACCAAGCAAUCGUCCACUGGUGUGCUCUGGGUCACAGAACGGGCCUCAGAGUACGGGUUCGACCCUCAGGAUGCCGAUUGGGCCAACUUGGGCCAAGGUGCUCCAGAACAUGGGGACACAGUUCCAGGGUCUUUCAAAAGACCCACUCUGAUCCCAAUUACCAACAUUGGGAAGGAAUAUGCUCCAACUGCAGGUAUCAAGGAGCUCCGUGAGGCUGUAGCCAACUACUACAACGACACUUAUCGUCAAGGGAAACCCUCCAAGUACUCGUACAAGAACGUUUGUAUUGUCCCUGGGGGUAGAGCUGGUCUUACGCGUAUUGCCUCCAUCAUCAGCGACUGUUAUCUCUCGUUCUUCCUCCCAGAUUACACUGCGUACGCUGAAAUGCUUUCACUUUUCAAAAACUUCUCACCAAUCCCAGUUCCAUUGAAUGAACUGGACAACUAUGAAGUUCAUUUGGAGUACGUGAAACGAGAACUUGACCGUGGUGUCCUGGCUCUUCUUACUUCAAAUCCACGUAACCCAACUGGUCGUUGUAUGACCCGCCGUCAAUUGGCCCAGCUUCAUGACUUGUGCCGCCAGAAAUGUCUUUUGAUCAUGGAUGAAUUUUAUUCCCAUUACUAUUAUGACGAAGGUUGCAAUGGGUCAUCCAUAUCACUGGCGGAAUUCGUGGAAGAUGUCAACCGUGACCCGGUACUUAUUCUUAACGGGCUCACCAAGGCUUUCAGACUUCCAGGAUGGCGUAUUUGUUGGAUCUUAGGUCCAGAAGAGUACAUCAAUGCCUUAAGCAGUGCAGGAUCUUUCCUUGAUGGUGGGUCCAACGCCCCACUUCAGUACACUGCAGUUGAUUUCCUUGAACCAGUACGUGUUCGCAACGAAAUGAAGGCUUUGCAACAACACUUUAAGAUGAAGCGUGAUUAUGUUGUGGGUAGACUUCUGAAAAUGGGAUUUAAAUUCACUCCAGGACCACAUGGAAACAUCCCAAACUCGACAUUUUAUCUUUGGCUUAACUUGUCACAUCUCCCAGGGAAACUUUCCAACUGUUUGGGGUUCUUCCAUGAAUGUCUUCAUGAGAAAGUUAUUAUCGUUCCAGGGUUUUUCUUUUUGAUCAACCCUCAAAACUUACUGAAGUUGGAAGAUGUGAUUUGGUACCAUUAUGUGCGUAUCAGUUAUGGACCAGAAUUUGAACAAAUUGUCAAGGGAAUGGAUGGAAUUGAAAGAAUCUUAGAGAGAUACAAUUGUUUGCCAUACAAGAGACAUUAGACAUUAUUUAAAUACAUGCCAUGAUAAAUGAGA